AUGGGGAAGCCGGUCAGAAAGGGCUGCGACUGCCGGCGCUUCGUCCGGAACAACUGGCUACUGCUCGCCACUGUGGUUGCGGUGGUGUUAGGGAUUACUGUAGGAGUCUUGGUUCGAGAAUACAGCAAGCUCUCUAACUUGGAGAAAUUCUACUUUGCUUUUCCUGGAGAAAUUCUCAUGAGGAUGCUGAAACUCAUCAUUCUGCCAUUAAUUAUAUCCAGCAUGAUCACAGGUGUUGCUGCUCUGGAUUCCAACGUGUCCGGGAAGAUUGGGCUGCGGGCCGUCGUAUACUACUUCUGCACCACGGUCAUCGCUGUCAUUCUAGGAAUCGUGCUGGUGGUGAGCAUCAAGCCUGGUGUCACCCAGAAAGUGGACGAAAUCGACAGGGUGGGCAGCACCCCGGAAGUCAGCACAGUGGAUGCCAUGUUGGACCUGAUCAGGAACAUGUUCCCUGAGAAUCUUGUCCAAGCCUGUUUUCAGCAGUACAAAACCAAGCGAGAAGAAGUGAAGCCUCCAUCAGAACCAGACAGGAAUAUGACGGGAGAAUCCAUCACCGCUACCAUGACAACCAUCAUUUCCAAGAACAGAACGAAGGAAUACAAAGUCGUGGGCAUGUACUCAGAUGGCAUCAAUGUCCUGGGCCUCAUUGUCUUUUGCCUUGUCUUUGGAAUUGUCAUUGGGAAAAUGGGAGAAAAAGGACAAGUCUUGGUGGAUUUCUUCAAUGCGUUGAGUGAUGCAACCAUGAAAAUUGUGCAGAUCAUUAUGUGUUACAUGCCACUUGGGAUUCUGUUCCUGAUAGCUGGGAAGAUCAUCGAAGUCGAGGACUGGGAGAUAUUCCGCAAGCUGGGUCUGUACAUGGCCACAGUCAUGAGUGGACUUGCAAUCCACUCCCUCAUCAUCCUGCCACUGAUAUACUUCAUAGUUGUGAGAAAGAAUCCUUUCCGCUUCGCCAUGGGAAUGGCCCAGGCGCUGCUGACGGCGCUCAUGAUCUCUUCCAGCUCGGCAACACUGCCUGUCACCUUCCGCUGUGCUGAGGAGAAGAACCAGGUGGACAAGCGAAUCACGCGGUUCGUGCUGCCCGUGGGGGCCACCAUCAACAUGGACGGGACGGCGCUCUACGAGGCAGUGGCCGCUGUCUUCAUUGCCCAGUUGAAUGACUUGGAGCUGGGCGUCGGGCAGAUCAUCACCAUCAGUGUCACUGCUACAGCUGCUAGCAUAGGAGCUGCUGGUGUACCCCAGGCCGGCCUGGUGACCAUGGUGAUCGUGCUGAGCGCUGUGGGCCUGCCCGCUGAGGAUGUCACCCUCAUCAUUGCUGUCGACUGGCUCCUGGACCGGUUCCGCACCAUGGUCAAUGUGCUCGGAGACGCGUAUGGGACAGGCAUUGUGGAGAAGUUGUCCAAGAAGGAACUGGAGCAGAUGGAUGUGUCGUCUGAGGUGAACAUCGCAAAUCCCUUCGCCCUGGAAUCCACCAUGCUGGAUUCUGAGGACGCAGAGACCAAGAAGUCUUAUGUGAAUGGAGGCUUCGCUGUCGACAAGUCUGAUGCCAUCUCCUUCACCCACACCUCACAGUUCUAGAACCCCGGCUUCAGACCAGGACAUCUACAUGAGAGUCAUGU